AUGCGGCAAAGAAAAGCGAAUAGUGUGCAGCUUUUGCCACGCGAAAUUCUACUACAAGCACGAGAAAUUUACGAGCACCAAUGCGGCAAAUGCGGCAAAUUCUACAAGUACAAAUGGAACUUGUUGAGACAUACAAAGUACGAGUGCGGAAUGCCGCCCCAAUUUACCUCCUUCUAUUUCAACGAAACCUACAACGUGUACAUAUGUCUGCAGUGCAACAAAGGCUACAAGUACCUGAGAAACUUCCAAACGCACCAAAAGUACGAGUGCAACCAACCCAAGAAAUUCAAAUGCGACGUUUGCGAUAAGGGUUUCUCGCAACAGAGUACCGAGAGAGUACCCUACCGAGAAUUCCCCGGUCAUCGCCUUUUUUCUUUUGUAGAACACUCCGGUUGCUUCGUGUGCGGAAAUUGCGGCAAAACGUUCGGGAAAAAGAUGUCGUGGUACGUGCACACCAAGUACGACUGCGGUACCGUCGCCAUGACGUGCGGCUACGCGAAUUGCGGCGCCGCCAUCAAGCGAAAGAGCAGCAUGAAGCGGCACAUUUUGAAACACAACGUCUCCGAUUGGGAGCGUAAAAAAAUCACGGGAGGAUUUUUCGAUCCCCACAAUCAGAGGUACUUCUGCGGCCAGUGCAACAAGAGCUACAAGCACAGGCGGCAUUUGUCCAGCCACAUCAAGUACGAGUGCAGGAAGGCGCCGACGUUCGUUUGUCCGUUUUGCAGCAGGAAAUUCUACCAAAAGUACACGCUCAACGCCCACUGCAGGCACACUCACAACGCCAUCGUGUGAGGUUUUAUAGAAGGAAUUUCGUCCGCCUGGAUGGUACCACUCUCCCACUUUUUUUUAAAUGAGCUUAUUAUUGAUAAAAAUUUUAUUAUACAUUUUAGAUGAAAGGGGAAUUUGGGAGGUGUGGUAAGGCGGAAUUUA